AUGGCUAAAUCAACGCGUGCUUCAGAAUCUACACCAUCAGAUCACCUAAAUGCCAUUAUUACCAAAACUUCUCAAGAAAUUCCAGCAAGAAGGUUGUAUAUGGAUAAAACUCAUGAAAAAACUUCAAUAGCCGAACGACUAAUUGAAAGAAGAAAAUCAUUGAAGCUUAUUGAUGAAUCAGCCAAUACAACAGCAAAAGCCAAAGAAAAAAAAGUGACAAAGAUUAAAGAAGGAAAACGGAAGACGAAUAGUGGGGACAAUCGUGCAGCAAUAAAGAAACAAAAAACCGUGAAAAAGCAAAAGACUGUGAAAGAUAUAUUGAAGGAGUUGCCUUCAAUAAACACUAGAUCAACACCUGGAUUGAUGACAGAUGCUGUAAGUUCUUUGACAUCAGAACAAAAAGAUUGGGUGAAACGGAUGGGAUUUAAAGCCUUUUUGAAGAUCAACAUUGAGAGUAUUCCCUUAAAACUUUGCCAUUUUGUGCGUAAGCAUUACGAUGAAGGCACAAACAGUAUUCUGAUUAAAGGAAAAAGAAUAAAGAUCACAAAGGAAAAAAUUCAUAAAGUGUUUGGUUUACCCAAAACUGGAAAAAGCUUAUUUGAUUUGGACAAGGUUAGUGAAGAUCAUCAAGUCUUUGAUGGAUGGAUGAAGGAACUUGAAGAUGGAAAGGCAAAUGCAACAAAUUACAAGAAGAUUAUUCAAAAAUCCGAACAAGUGGAUAUGAAUUUCAAGCUGGGUUUCAUAGCUUUAUUCGUUAAUACGUUUGCAGAAUCCAUUCCUAUGGGGACAAACAACUUAGUUCCAGUUAGAGCACUUGUUGAAGUAGAUGACAUUUCUAAAAUCGAUUGGUGUGCAUAUUUGUUGUACUGUGUGAAAAAUUCAAAAGGGAGAUGGCGUCCAGACGACCCCAAGUGUUAUUAUAAAGGCCCGAUGUUGUUGCUAUUGCUAAUUUACUGUGAUGAAAUUGAAUGCAAGCUCCAAAAAAUAGAACGUAAAACACCAUUAGUUACAAUGUGGAUAGCAGAUAAGUUGAAGGAAAGACAAUCUUUUGAGAUUGAAGCUGGUGGAUUUGGGGUUGGGAAUCUAAUUGAACAAAGUUCAAAUUUAGAACUUGAGAAGAAUGAAAAUCAGGACACGCGUAUUGAGGUAUAUUCUAAGUAG